UAAGUAUUCUAUUUAUAUUUUGAGCAAAAGGAGCACUUGAAAUCCAAUGAUGUUGAUUCAUUGAAUGUUUGGCUUCUCCACCAUUGAGAAACAAGCCAUGGAGUGCGCCCAAUUUCAUUCCCUUUCAUUCAGUAUUCACUCUUCCCCUCCAAAACCCAUCUUCUAUAAAACCAACCAAUUUUUCAGAAUCAAAACCUCCGCAAGAUCCAAAAAACCAACCAAAUUUCUCCGCAGAAGAAACCCACCACCACCAACAGUACCAUUCGUUGAGGAAAACACAUUCCCAUCCUCUUUGCCGCUCCACAGCAAGAACCCACAUGCCAUUUACAAAGACAUUCAAGCAUUCGCUAGACAAAACAAGCUCAAAGAAGCCCUCGUCAUUUUAGACUACGUAGACCAACAAGGCAUCCCUGUUAAUCCCACCACCUUCUCUUCCCUCCUUGCCGCUUGCGUUCGUUCCAAAUCCUUAGCCGAUGGAAGACAAAUCCAUACUCAUAUUAGAACGAAUGGGCUCGAAAACAACGAGUUUUUACGUACCAAACUUGCUUAUAUGUACACUUCUUGUGGCUCCAUCGAAGAUGCCCAAAGGGUAUUCAAUGAAUGUACUAGCAAGAAUGUUUAUUCCUGGAAUGCUUUGCUUAAGGGCACUGUUAUAUCGGGUAAGAAACGGUAUUUGGAUGUGCUUUCUACCUACUCUGAAAUGAGGUCGUUGGCUGUCAAAUUGAAUGUGUACACUUUCUCUACUAUUCUUAAGAGCUUCGCUGGUGCAUCAGCAUUUAGACAAGGUUUAAAGGCUCAUGCCCUUUUGAUUAAAAAUGGUUUCAUUGAUAGUUCAAUGCUUAGGACUGGUUUGAUCGAUAUGUACUUCAAAUGCGGUAAGAUUAAACUCGCGUACCAUGUGUUUGAGGAAAUGACUGCGAGAGAUAUUGUUUUGUGGGGGGCAAUGAUCGCUGGUUUUGCUCAUAAUAGGAGGCAAAGGGAAGCUUUGGAUUAUGUUAGAUGCAUGAUAAGUGAAGGGAUAUAUCCGAAUUCUGUUAUACUUACUACAAUUCUUCCCGUGAUUGGGGAAGUAUGGGCGCGGAAACUAGGCCAGGAGGUCCAUGCUUACGUGGUUAAGUCGAAGAGCUAUUCCAAGCAGUUGGCUAUUCAGUCUGGUUUAGUUGAUAUGUAUUGCAAAUGUGGUGAUAUGGAUUCGGGCAGGCGAGUUUUUUAUUGUUCUAGAGAAAGGAACGCGAUUUCUUGGACUGCUUUGAUGUCAGGAUACGUAUCAAAUGGGAGGCUUGACCAGGCUUUGAGAUCAGUUGUUUGGAUGCAGCAGGAAGGAUUCAAACCUGAUGUUGUCACGGUUGCCACGGUUGUUCCUGUUUGUGCAGAAUUGAGGGCUCUGAAUCAUGGGAAGGAGAUUCAUGCUUAUGCUGUGAAGAAUUGUUUCUUUCCCAAUGUAUCUAUUGUUACUUCUCUGAUGAUUAUGUACUCAAAAUGUGGUGUUUUAGAUUAUUCUUUCAAACUGUUUGAUGGUUUAGAGGCAAGGAAUGUAAUUUCGUGGACAGCCAUGAUUGAGUCAUAUGUGGAGAGUGGGUGUUUACAGGAAGCAAUCAGUGUAUUUAGGUCAAUGCAGUUGUCAAAACACAGGCCAGACUCAGUGGCAAUGGCAAGGAUGUUCAUCGUUUGCAGUGAGCUUAGAGCUGUAAGGCUUGGGACGGAGAUUCAUGGACAGGUCUUGAAGAAAAAAUUUGAGUCAAUUCCUUUUGUUUCUGCAGAGAUUGUGAAGAUGUAUGGUAGUUGUGGAUUGAUUAGCAGUGCAAAGUCAGUAUUUGAUGCAGUCCCUGUUAAGGGUUCUAUGACCUGGACUGCCAUUAUAGAGGCUUAUGGAUAUAAUAAUCUUUAUGACGAUGCAGUUUGUCUUUUUCAUCAAAUGACAUCUGAUGGUUUCACUCCAAACCAUUUCACUUUCAAAGUGGUUUUAUCAAUUUGCAAACAGGCUGGAUUUGUUGAUGAGGCUUGCCAAAUAUUCAGUAUAAUGACUCGAAAAUAUAAACUCAAGGCAUCUGAAGAACAUUACUCUAUAAUAAUUGAACUUCUUAAUACUUUUGGUCGCUUCGAGGAGGCUGAAAGAUUCAUGCAGAUGAGUUCUCUAUCAUCAUGAGAGAGACAGUGGCAUCUUCUUUUCUCAUGUUUCAUUACAUAAAGUAUGCUCCUGGAACCUCCUUGUCUUCUAUUGGAUUUUUAUGUUCUCUCAAUGUAAACAAUCUAUUGUAACUUAGCAUAUAUAGUGAUUAUAAGCCCAGAAAAAUAAAUAAAUUGCUAACAAUUAUCACUUCAAGCGUGUAUAUACAGAGAUAUGUCUUUUCAAGGAUCUUUGCUGUACUUUUAAAAUCACAACUAAAAGAGAGAAGUUUUAUAUUUCUUAUUAGUAGUUUAUACAAGUAGUAUUCUUUUACAGUCAUUCCUGAUGUAAAAAUUUAGAUUCUAUGUGUCCUUUGCUUUGUUGUCAAAAUAAAGAUACUGACAAUUCAGGAAAACUUAGUUUUGGA